AUGGCAUUGCUAGAAAAUGUGAAGCACCACUCACGAGCAGAGUUCGUUCUUGGCCGUUUUGACCAGAAACACAUGGACAAACCAGGCUCGUUGAAGCAGACUGGUUGGAAUGAUCCCACGUCUCCGUCUUUCACACCUUCUCACCUCUGUGUUCUUGUUUCCUCCUCUACAGAGUCGUGGGUGGAGCUGUACUACGGUGCAUCGUCGUCAGCGUCUGAGCGUGCCACGCCUCCCCUGACGGGCAACAUGCACAUCCUCGAGAAGCUGCUGCUGGAGGCCCAGAGAGACUCUAACGUGUCCUCCGCACGUGGCAGUGGCAGUCCCAAGAGCCCACACAGUCCGGCAAGUGAAACCGUCCCCUUCAUCAUAAACAGGGAGGAGAAGCAAAUUGCAACCGAUUGGAUCUGGGACUGGAGCAGCCGCCCUGACCAGCAGCCUCCCAAGGAUUGGAACUUCCGUCACCCGGCAAGUGUGGGUGGCAUCCGGAAGCGCCCCGUGUUGAGCCUGCGUGGUUCGCGUAUCAUCCGCCUGGCUGACAUCUUUCCCCUACUGCUGCUCAGCAACAUCCUCUCAAUACUGCUGGGGGCUGGCAUUGGGGUUUGCAUUGGCCGGCGUAUGAGGGUGGCCAACGUUGAGUGAUCUCGCCAUCACGGUGUCUCUGACGACGCGGGCACAGAUGCUGCGACGUGGUUCGAAGGCUCUGUGCUGGUCGUCGAUCAACGCUGCUUCUCUUUUCCUCGAUCGCCCAGCGCCUGACCAGUUGUCGACUCGCUGUGGGACCGGCUUGCCAAAGCGGUUGCCAGAUGAACCCCCCAGAAAAUGGCGUGCUUGCCCUUUUCGCACUCGAUGCGCAUCCGGAAUGGUCCGGUCCGCAGAUACAGCAGCCUAAUGUAACUUCCCGUGUCUUGCGUAGUGAGAGAAUCGCUCAUCCAUAUUUAGUGCAAUUAAUUUUGACAGUGGUGUACAUCUUUUUAGAAAAAGGAAACGAAAAAAAAAAACGAAGAAAGAUGGUUGUGCUUUUGGGAGACGUGCAAAUUGAGUCACCUGCUGCAUAUCCGUGCAAAAUGUGUGUGCAACACCGCUCGUCUGCUCGAUGCCGGCCGUGCAAAACCUAAGAACUGUCCUGCAAGAGCUGAGCAAGUUGUGCGAGUAAUGCAAGGCAUGGCUACAUGAGUAGAGUAACAUUUAAUGGCAUUCACUCCAAAUCGUGUGCAUGUCAUGUGCUUGAACCAGAUUGAGCUGGAUCCUCUGGUCACUGGUUACUGACAUGCAGCUUGCAUUGUCAGUAUACACGGCACAGAACAAACAUGUCGUGCCUCCGAGUUGCCGCUGGGAAGAGGCUGUGAGCGGUAAUGUAUGCACACAUUAUGCAACGUGAUUUGGUGUUCUGCUUCCUUGUCCCAUACUCUUUGUCUUUCAAACUACCGAGCGUGGACCUACCUUUUCGAAAGCUCUUCCACUGUUAAAUAAAAACCUUUGCAGCCUGGUAUUCCAUAUCGAAUUUCGGUGCAAGACACAUAACUUAUUUUAUAAAUCGACAGGCCUUGGGAAAUGUAGAUUACAUUGUGCAUUUCUAGAAUGCCUUUCUUAUGAAAUGACAUGUCAAUCAUCGGAAUGCCAUUUUUUAAGCUUGCACUGGUGUUUUCUUUUUUUUCUUUUGCGGGACAGUGUGGUAAGUCGAUUACAAGUAUUGUGAAAAAUUUGCCUUAAUUUGUCUUGAAGGAGGUAUGCACACUUCUCUGGCUGCUGUUUAAAAUGUAAAGUGUUUAAAAUGCUUUUUAACUUCAACACAGCUUUUACAAAAGAACUUUUUUGCCAUGUCAAAUGUGCUGGCAUGAUUGCGUUGUUUUAUGUUUGCUUAGAUUCAAAGCAAAAGUGUGUAAUGUUAGGGUGGCUAGCCUAAUAUGAGUGAUAUAUUGCGUGCUAUCAUUGCAAGUAGGUUUCACUGCACAGUACAUUAUGGUGGUACUUUGGUUGCACCAUGUAUUCAUUAAAUGUUGUUGCAUUCUUUCAAUACAUCAGUUAUACUUGGGCAUGGUCCAUGCAAUCCCCUUGCUAUUUUGAGCUUUUAUUGGUAUCUGGGACUGCUUUGCAGUUUGUCCCGUUCAACAGAACUGCAACUGUUAUUUUUCUCUGCCGUAUUCUUCUGGUUUGUAGUCCACAGCUCGCGUAUAUAGCCCACAGCGGCAAAUUUUCACGCAAAAUUUUUCCUCUGGCCGUUCCCCCUUGCUUUUGACUUUUGACUUAAUAUAGUUUUUUUUAAUUUUCUCAGAUGUUCACAUAUUACUUUGUGCAUUUGGUCAUUUAUAUAUGGUUACUUGUCAACGGGCAAAUUUAUGUGGUGAAAGCAAGCAGCUUCUCUUAUUGCAAGUGGCAUUCACUUGCAUGUAAAGAGCUGCCAAUAUAAGCAGAAAAUAUUGCUUGCGGGCAGGAAAUACAGUUCUGCAACUUCAUUGCGUGAUUUUAGCAUGGUAAAAAUUUGCCAGUGGAGUCUGGCCUGUUUAUUAUAAUUUUAAUAAGGUUAGAGGUCAUCAUCAUAAUUAUGAUACCAACACUUGCGCUCCUUUGGCUUUCGCAAGCUGCCAUUGUAGUUCGUACUCAUAUAGUAUUGCUGCACGCAUGUGGUAUUUGGUUGUUUGAACGAGGCGCGCGGGCGCCAUCACUCGAGAAAAGAAGAGGAAGAACGAGCUGGGCUCGUGCUGUGAAUCUAACCGGUCAGCGCUGCAACCGCUGUUGUAAAUACAACCUGUAAAUAGUUGGUAGUCUUACUGACUCGUCCUUCUCGACAUUCUUAACAUUCGACUCGUCCUUCGCGACACGCUCAUACAUGCUGAGCCAGUCGUCGAUGUCAACGCCAUUUUGGGCGGAGAAAUAUCCCAGGAUUACGGAGACUAGGAACCGUAACGUACGUUGUGGUUGACGCCGCAGGUGUAGGUGACGAUGAGGUGUUUCCAUCGGAAGCCAUGGCUGAGAAGACGACGGUGCGGCCGCUUCGGAGCUCCGUGGCGAAGACGGGGAACGUUCCGUUCCACCUCCACUAGAAUGUUAUGCGAAGGACGAGUCAGUAAGACUACCAACUAUUUACAGGUUGUAUUUACAACAGCGGUUGCAGCGCUGACUGGUUAGAUUCACAGCGCGAGCCCAGCUCGUUCUUCCUCUUCUUUUAUCGAGUGACGGCGCCCGCGCGCCUCGUUCAAACAACCAAAUACCAUACGCGUGUAGCAGUAUUGUUAAUGUCGCGCAAGGCCUUCAGCUUUUAAGACAUGUAUAGCCUGUGGUCUUACACACCAGAGAAUGCGGAAGUUUCUGUCUGUCUGCAGUGCCUGUCUUGAUUCGUGCCACCUCAACACCUUGCAUUGUUACUUGCGAUUUAAAGAAAAUGUGUAUUCCCACAUGAAAGCAAACUGUACCAGUGUGUAUUUUCACAAACCUCGAUCGAUGUUCUCUGCCCUGCUGUUUGUGGUUGUGGGUUGACUUUGGUGGCGUAAUCUUCCAGGUGCAUGUAAAUAUCCUGAGGUAUGCAAACUGAGGUUUUCGACGACCGUCAGUGACAUACAUUUCUGAAAGCGGGAGACAUUCAGGAAACUCACUGGUUGUCAAACCUUUAACCUUUCAUCGGAGGAAAUGCAGUUUGAGACAAACAAAUGAACAGCUUAGUGAAACUGCGCAAUUCAAUUCAUCUGCUGUUCGAUUUUGCACUUUUUAGUGGUCGCUUAUGCAACUUCCGGGAAUGUAUUCUCGGAGAGUCACUUUUGGUUAUAUCACUUUCAGUGUGCCUUGAUUGGCUGGUUGAGUGAAACCUCUCGAAUCGUACAACGUACCGUGUACUACGCCACGCAAACCUGAUAGUACUAUCACCGAAGUGAUUGUCCAAGAAUAUGUCCCCUGGACUGCACUGUGCUCACUUCUGGAUGCUUCAGUUUAGCUGCAUGUGCCCUGAAAUAAGGUUUAAUUCAGUUUAUCUUCAUUAAAAGUGAGACUCCAAAAGGUAUUUCACUGCAGGGGUUGUUGUUGGCCCAGUGGUACCACGUCUUGGUUGAUUUUGGCGGCGUUUGGGGGGGAACGAAGGAAUUGUGUAGUUACAUGGGUAUUCAGCCUGCUUCCAAAGACGUCGACUGAAUACAGCUAGCAUUUGUCUGUGGCGCAUGAUUUCAUGCGUGCCAUGUGAAACGCUGCUGGGACCUUGCCCAGCAACAUUUAGCUUAGCUUGAAUUUGGCAAAAUUUUCAUAGCUCUAAUAUUUUCCUUUGGUGCAAUUGCACGACGGAAACCAAAUUUUCAUAUGCUUGGCAAGUUUCAAAAGACCGGUCUCGCUUCACUUCCUUCCCGAUGCGAAAUCCCCCACUGUUCAUUCCGAGCUAAGAGGCAGCGUAAAUAACCGAUGCUGCGUACCAUUCUUCCUGCAGGCCUUGUGGAAAGUGUGCUUUGCUGUUAUCGUACAUUUUACAUACUCAAAAAAAAAAAAAAAAGAAACGGCUCACAGACUUCCUGUGCCAUAUGUCUUGUUACAUACUCGAGUUCUUGUGCUCUUCCCUGUAGUUUGCAGUGAUGUUUCCUUAAGUCGCUGGAAAAAAGAACAAGUAGUCUUCAGUCAUUGCACCGUAUAAUCUCGUCACGUGUUACUACAAGUGGAGAGCUGUGCUCAUAGAUGCGCUCUUAUGAGCAUGCAUAACAAAAUAUAAGCCAGUGGUGGCAUGUUGUCCAACUAUAGCAUCAAAAACUUGUCAUUUAUGUACACCGUUAUCACGCCAGGCUGCAGAAUCCUGUUUUUUGUCGAAGUGGUUAGGUCUAACUGGUUCUUCAUCUAAGCUGGUUUUAAGAAGUUCGCAUCCUGCACGAAAAUGUACUUUUGUACUUACAUCCCCUCCUUAAAAAUUGUUGAGACGCUGAUAUCGGCAAAAAAAAUUUUUUUUUGUUAUAUCAGAUGUUUCGUAAUAUGUCUUUGUUAUAUUGAGGUUUUGCUGUAUUUGCUUGAAGACAUCUUUUAAACAAAGUUACUUGAAUUGUUUGGGUUUAUAGGCCUUUGUGCUUUUCGUAUUAAAAAGAAACCUUCCUUCUGCCAAGCUGAUUUUAUUCAUCUGUAGCGUCAAGAGAUCUUAGAAGGUCGAUGCGCAUAACGUCUUUCAGUUUUGAACUUGCAAGUUCACAACACAUCGCAGGGUGCUCGCCGAAUGGCUCAAUGUGCAUUACCUACGCAGGAACACCUUCGUAGGGUCGCCUGAAUUGUGGCAGGAUGCGUGUUCUUACAUAUUCACGCGGGUCUUUCCUGUCUGGUGAUGAAUAGUCACACUCCAUAUCCAACAUUAAAAAGAGGGAGAGAAUUAUUUUGCUGCUAUUUUCACUCAAAUUAGUCGUAUUUGGUAGGAAUGUAGGGAUCUGAGCUUGCAGUCUCCUUUGGCGCGGAAUGCUAGCUAAAUUUGUCCCAUUUUCACAGGAUGUUGCACCGCUGUUCUGAGGGCGUGCUCAUGCCGGGUUCGGGGCUUUUUCUUGAGAGCCUUUGUUUUUAUAGCAAAUAACUUGUUGCUCUUGCAUCUGGUACAGUUUUAAAACAAACACUUGAUGGCAAAGAAGGCACAUUUCUGUACCCUUGGUCGACCUGCAGGCUUGCGGGAUUGGAUGAAAAGUGAAACGCUAUAUUUCAUAACCAUUUUGUAAAUUUUUUGAUGCUUUGAACCCUGUAGCUUUGUAAUAUUUUAGAUGUUGUGGGCAUCAAAAAGAGCCUGGUGCCCAUGUUUCUUUGGUGAUGUGAAAAGGGAACAAUGUUCGAGGGGUUGGCUUGGGAUUUUCUUUCAGGUUGUAGUAAUAUUUUUGCACAUAAAUGGGGAUGUUGCGUCAGAAGAGUGUAGUUUGUUUUCUCCUGCUGCCCUGUGUUGGUUGCAUGUAUGCAUAUAGCCAUUCCGCUCUGAUUGGCUAGUGCCGAUUGAAGCUGAAUGGCUCUUGCUAUGCCAACUAGCUCAGGAUCCUCUAACUUGUAAUGACUCGGCAACUGCCGAGGCUCAUGAUAUUGAAGAAGUGGUGAUGUGCUUCAAUGUGAAUAGUUUAGGACUGUAAGGAGUAACCAGCUGUUGCACAGUUAUGAGUCAAACUGCACAUAUUGAAGCAAGCUGAACCUUUUUAUUUCAGUGACACGAUGACUCCAGUGCCAUUAAAUGACAGAACAGCAGCAGGCAUUUAGUUGAGUAAGAUGUCAAAAAAAAAAGUUGGUAAUUGUAACUAAAUGAGUCACGCUCUAUAAGCAGCUUGGCCAAAACUUGGAUUAAUCACUUUUGGCUAGCAUCUGGACUUCAGAUCUUUGACUUGACUGUGCGACAGCUGUCGUAACCUAUGUGGUGUGUACAUAACUUUUAAGGAAGUGUUGUUGUGUUGGUUUUUGUGCUUGGGUGCACUCGGUUUUAUCAUUUGUCUUGCGAGCUGCAGUCGGCAGAGUUUGCACUUUUUGUAUAUUACAUUUUGUCUUCGGUACAUGUGGUGCUGCGCUGGCAGUGUGUUAAAAUUUUUUUUUUCUGACAGUGCUCCAGCACUGAUGCCUAACAUGUGGCCCAUCUUUUUGUUUGUGUUAGAAAGAGUGCAUUCGACGUGACUUGCAGAGGGUGGUAUUUGUUCGACGUUUUCUCUUCACAUUCUGAAGGUGGAGAGGAUGUGUGUGACGGAAUGGUGCAACCCUUUGUACGUGUUGAUUGAAAUAAACAGAUGAUCGUUUA